CAUCAAACCCUUUUCUCUUCGAUGUUGUUCAGACGACGAAGAACAAGACAAGAGUCAAAACUGAUGAGAAAGACAAGUUCAUGAACACGACAACUCCAAUCCAAUCCUCCAUGCCCCUUUCUUCUUCUUUCACCAAAACCUAAUUCUCAAUUUCACCUCUUUCCCCUUUUCCCCCAAAAAAAAAUGGAUCUUUCCCGUAACAACAACGACACCGCCGCCGCCGCCGUCACCGGAGGAGCAAGACAACUAGUUGACGCAUCUCUAACAAUCGUCCCCAGAUCUACACCUUUAGAAGACUCAACACUCUCCACAACUACAACAACAACAACAAACUCUGUUACGGCGGCGGCGACUACAACGAAGCGCUCGACAAAAGACCGUCACACAAAAGUAGACGGAAGAGGACGGCGGAUUCGUAUGCCGGCGCUUUGUGCGGCUAGGGUUUUUCAGUUAACAAGAGAGUUAGGUCAUAAAUCUGAUGGUGAAACUAUUGAAUGGCUUCUUCAACAAGCUGAGCCAGCGAUUGUUGCUGCUACAGGUACUGGUACUAUUCCGGCGAACUUUUCUACUUUAAGUGUUUCUCUUCGUAGCAGCGGAUCGACUCUUUCGGCUCCUCCGUCUAAAUCUUUACCUCUUUACGGUGCUCUUGGAUUGACUCAUCAUCACCACCAACAUCAACAUCAACAUCAGUAUGAUGAACAAGGAGGUGGUGGUGCUUUUGCGACGGCGCCGCUUUUAGGGUUUCAUCAUCAUCUUCAACAGCAGCAAGCUCCGGUGGAAACGAUUACCGACGGUGAGAGUUUCUCGAGGAAACGGUAUAGAUCGGUUGAUUUGUCUAAGGAGAAUGAUGAUCAGAAACAGAAUGAGAGUAAGUCUUUGAAAGAAUCGGAUCCUGCGGCGGCGCCGAUGUGGGCGGUUGCUCCGACGAGUAGGGCUAGUGGUGGGAACACUUUUUGGAUGCUUCCGGUACCAACUACGGCGGGUAAUCAAAUGGAGAGUAGUAGUAAUAACAACAAUAACACGGUGGGUCACCGUGCUCCUAUGUGGCCAUUUGUGAAUUCUGCCGGAGCUGGAGGAGGAGGAGGAGGUGGUGGUGGUGCGACACAUUUUAUGGCGGGAACAGGGUUUAGUUUUCCGAUGGAUCAGUAUAGAGGGAGUCCACUUCAACUAGGCUCGUUUGUAGCUCAGCCGCAGCCGACUCAGAACUUAGGUUUAAGCAUGCCGGACUCGAAUCUCGGGAUGUUAGCCGCUUUGAACGCGGCUUAUUCGAGAGGCGGGAAUGGGAACGCGAAUGCGGAACAAGCGGUGGAGCAUCAAGAGAAGCCGCAACAGAGUGAACAUGAUGAGGAUAGCAGAGAAGAUAACUCAAAUAGCUCUGAGUAAGAGUUAAGUAAAACAAAGUUCUAAUCUUAUAAGAGCUAGCAUUGAAAUUGGUAAGGAAUUUAAGCGUUUUUGUAGCGGUUGCGAUUGCGGUUGAUUGUUCAUUGUGAGAUUUGUGUGUUGUUUUAGUAGUUUUUUCUUAGACAAGAGUGUGUGUGUGUGUAUGAAGGAAUUGUUAGGUUUGGGUCCAAAUGGAUUCUCGUGGGUAGAGAAUGUUUUCAUUGUAUAGUCGAAGAUUCUAUUUUUCAUAUUUCAUUGUUAAGUUUUUUCCAUAUUUUUGUAGGACUAAAUUUUGCAUCUAAACAAAAAGAUUUGCAUA